AUGGGUGGUAUGCGUUCCUCAAACAGACUCAACAACAUUUGUGUGCGCAGGGCUUUGAUGUUGAGCAACUUUAGCGUCAUAUCAAUCAUGGUUUUGACAAUUUUGACUGUGUUUUUGGUGGUACUACCGCUGCUUUUGCCGCCACUGCCACCGCCGCCGUUGGUGCUUCUCUUUGUUCCUGUACUGAUCAUGGCCGUCCUCAUUUUACUGGCGUUUUCUCCAUUGUCUCAAUUUCCAGAUAUGGUUGUCACUCCUGUUUGA